CAUAUAUAGCCCUACAUUCGCGCAAGGUCACAUCAGGCUUUUUGUCUCUUCUCCUCGUCUUCCUUUCAUUUCCAGUUACUCCAUGUCUCCCCCUGUGGCUGCUGCCCCAAUUGCCCCUGUCGACGAGGUCGACACUCUCCUCAAGGCGAAGGAGGCUAAUGCAAAUGGCUUCAGCAAGACAAAUGGGACAACAAAGGACGAAUAUGACGUCCUCGAGGACUAUGAGGGGAACUACAGGUUUGCCCCUAUCGAGGAAGCGCAAGUCUCGCGCGCGAUGAUAAAACGGUACUUCAACCAGAUGUACGAUCGUGCCGUAUCGGACAUCGUUAUCGUUGGUGCAGGCAGCGCGGGCUUGUCCUGCGCGUACCAUCUUGCGACCAGCCGCCCUGACCUCAAGAUAACGAUCCUUGAGGCAAACGUUGCUCCUGGUGGUGGUGCAUGGUUAGGUGGACAGCUUAUGACGCCGAUGGUCGUACGCAAGCCUGCUGACCGCUUUUUGACUGAGAUCGGCGUCCCGUUUGAGGACGAAGGACCCUUCGUAGUGGUAAAGCACGCCGCUCUGUUCACUUCGACCGUCCUUUCGCGUGUGCUAGCCCUCCCCAAUGUUGCGCUCAUGAACGCGGUCGCAGUCGAGGAUCUCAUCGUGCGCCCCGACCCGCGCGCUCAGGGAAGUGGCCAGCGCGUUGCCGGUGUCGUCACGAACUGGACGCUCGUCGCGCUCAACCACGACCACCAGAGCUGCAUGGACCCCGCGACGAUCACCGCGCCGGUCAUCAUCAGCGCGACAGGUCACGACGGCCCGAUGGGCGCUUUCUCAGCGAAGCGGCUCGUCAGCAUGGGCUUGCUCAAGGAGCUUGGGAACAUGCGUGGCUUGGACAUGGAGAGGGCAGAGCCUGCGAUCGUGAACGGAACCCGCGAGGUGGCCCCCGGUUUGGUCAUGACCGGUAUGGAGCUUUCUGAACACGAUGGAUCCAACCGCAUGGGACCCACCUUCGGUGCCAUGAUGGCCAGUGGUAUAAAGGCUGCCAAAGAAGCGAUGCGCAUCUAUGACUCUUCGCAGAUCGUCAAUGGUAGGGUGAUCGCUUAAAUUAUCCCAUACUUCUGCGUGCUCUUCAAAAAGGUUGCGUGAUCCUAGUAGUUGGGUCCUAUCCUAGUGUACCCUGAACUUUCAAUGUCAUGUAUUUUGUAGAUAUAAUCAAUUAUCUCACACGCAAC